AGCUACCAGGAGGCGGUCCGUAUAGGAGCUAACACUGGUUUGCCUCCUAUAUGGCAGUAACAACAGAAUCGAAAGGAUUCGAUAGAAGAAGUGAAAAGGAGAACUUCUUUUCAACAAUGAAGUGGUGAAGCCAAAGUAGCAUGGUCUCAAAUGACCAUAAGCAGGAAGGGGCAUGUGAAUUCUCAAUUUGGAAAGGCACACCUUAUAUACAAUGAUCAUUUUUUGAACUGCCUUUACUUUUCUUUCCUCUCUUCUCUUUAAUUCGCCUUUCCUUUCUCCAAAGCAGGUGAACUCCAUUCAUCUUCAAUGGAUUCAAGCACCAGCUCCACCUAUCAUGUUGAGACAGCAGGGCAUCGUAGGUCUACCAGCCAGGAUACAAAGGGCAACCUGUCGCAUCAAGUACAAGAGGAAGACGUCAGCUCAGACCACCAAUCCACGUCGUCUCCAGUGUACUUCACUGCCAAAUCUAAAAGAGCUGCUUACUUCACUACCAUCUUCUCUGGUGCGGCUCUCUUUUCCGACGGCUAUCAGUCUGGUAUCAUCUCAUUUGUCCAGGUCCCACUGAAACUGAUCUACGGAACCGAUAUAUUCAAUGCCACCGUUGCAUCUCGUAUCUCCUACUCUAUGUUCGUGGGGGCUGUCAUUGGUCAACUUGGCUUUGGCGUCAUUUGCGAUCGAAUUGGUCGUAAAAUCGGUCUGGUCUCGACAACGUUACUGGUGAUCAUUGGUGCCGCUAUGUGUGCUGCUAGUAGUGGCACCACUCCACAAGGACUACUAUGGAUGUUGGUUGUCUCCAGAGGCAUUAUGGGCGUUGGUGUAGGAGGAGAAUAUCCAUGCUCAAGUGUUGCAGCCGGUGAAAGUGCUGACGAAGUUCUGCCUGGACGACGUGGUUUUCUGUUCAUCAUGGUGACGAACUUUGUCAUUGAUCUGGGCUAUGUUAUUUCAGCGUUGGUGCCCAUCAUUCUAUUGGCCAUCUUUGGAGAGAGUCAUCUGGAACCUGUGUGGAGACUGUGCUUAGGCCUUGGAGUCAUUCCACCUCUUAGUGUUCUCUAUUUCCGACUUCGUAUGGCGGAUCCUGCGAGAUAUCGAAAAUCUCACAUUAAACGCAAAGUGCCGUACUGGCUCAUCUUCAAGCGCUAUUGGAGACGUCUUCUUACCACUGGAGGUCUUUGGUUUGUGUAUGAUUUUAUCUCAUAUCCAAGUGGCGUGUUCUCUACCACUAUCCUCGAUGUCGUCGUCGCUCCUGGCAGCCCCCUGAUUCAAACCGCUGGAUGGAAUACACUACUUUAUGCGUUUUAUUUACCUGGAGCCGUGGCUGGGGCUUUGCUUGUGGAUCGGAUAGGAAGAAGAAAAACCAUGUCGCUUGGAUUCAUUGCUCAAGGCAUUAUUGGUCUCAUCAUGGGUGGCUGCCUUAACUUGCUGGUCAAGAACUGCUUCCCUAUGUUUGUGGUAAUGUAUGGUCUCUUCCUGAUGAUGGGAGAAUUAGGUCCCGGCGACACCAUUGGUCUUGUUAGCGCAGAAAUCUGGCCCACCUCGGUCAGAGGAACCUGUUAUGGCAUUUCAGCAGCCGUCGGUAAGGUCGGCGCAACGGUAGGAACGCUUGCGUUUCAACCAUUGAUAGAACGUGCGGGAAACCAAGGCCCGUUCUUAUUAGGAAGUGGCAUCGCUAUUUUAGCUGGAAUCAUUGCCUUCUUUUGCAUCCCCAAUAUUGGGCCCGAUUCGCUGGAACAAGAAGAUAUUGAUUUUAAGAAAUAUUUGGAAGAAAACGGAUUCGAUACCGCUCAGUUCAUGGGUGAACAGGUCCCUGUUAAUGGUCCCCUUGAUCCAACUGCGGACGGCAAAUAAUCGACGGAAAGGAUCAUUUGAACCUUCGUUACAUUAGCAUA